AUGGUUGCCAUGGUAUUGACCGCGGCCACGACGUGCCCGUACACGCUGCCAGCAAACGCAACGCUCCUUGCGGCGGACGCCAUGUGCCUCCAGGCGCGGGCCACGGUCUGCGUCGUCACGGCCAGCGCGACGGUCGGCCACGCCUGCAACGUGACCAAGACCUUUCCGGACGCGCAGACGACGUUCACCGACAUGACGCUGCUGGGCGACGUCCGCAGCUACACGGCGCCGACGCUGACGCUCCAGAGCGCCGCGGCCACGACCAUCGACCUCAGCAGCAUGCAGCUCUCGCCGUCCAUUCACACCUUGUCGUUCCAGGGCUACUCGUCGCUGCGCGGUUGGCCGGCGCUGCCGACGACACUCACCACGCUGAAGGUGCAGAAUGCCGGCAUGACAGCGCCGCCAUCGGUCACGGCGGCCAGCAGCCUCGCAGCCUUGGAUCUCAGCAGCAACAAGCUCACGAGCCUCGCAUCCAACGCGCUUCCGACGUCGCUCACGAGCCUGAACCUUGCGUCGAACCAGCUCACUGCCUUUGGCGCGCUCGAUGGCAUUCGCUUGACCUCUCUCAACUUGGAUGAGAACCCGCUCCAGUCGAUCGAAAACCUCCAAAUGACAUCGGAGGCACCGGCCUUUUCGUGCGCCAAGUGCAGUCUCUCGAGCUUCUCGAUGGACCGGACGACGUACGACGGCCUCUCGCAGCUGCCGGCACCAGCUAGCUUUGUGUUUGCAUCGCCGACCCAAUGCGCCGGAUCGAUUGAAGAUCUGUGGGGCAUGAAGGCGUGUGUGUUUGGCGCCAAAGCGCUCAACAGUGAGUUCCCGCUCUUGCACCUUUUCGAGCUCAUGCGAUGCGUAGCCAGCGUCAUCCUUGCCGGCUGCAUUGGUGCGGCCGUCGUUUUCGCAGUCGCAGCUUUCAUCUACUGCCGCCACUACAAGCACAUGCGCGAGGCCAAGAGGACGGCUCGAGAGAACGACACGGCGUACGUGCUGCAGGUUAAGGACCUUCAAACGAUGCGAGACAUCGAUCUGCUCGGAGACUUUCGGCUCCCGCUCGAUCAAGUCGUCGUCCUCGAUCGCCUCAGCACGGGGGACCUCUGGAAAGGACUCUUUGAAGGCCACGUGGUCUCGAUCCGAUACCUCUUUACGUCGUCGUCGACCACGUCCGAGAUGCAAACCGGCAUUCAGCAAGUGUUGGCGGCCACGCGCCUCGACAGCCGCUACGUGCUCGCGCUGCACGGCGUGUCAUGGACGACACCAAAAGACCUCAUGCUUGUGCAAGAGUACAUGGACAUGGGCGACCUCGAAACGUACUUGCGCAACCUCAACACGCAGCAGAUUCUAUGGAAGUGGAAGACCAAGACACUCGAGCAGAUUGUGAGUGCGCUGGCGUACCUCCACAACACGGCCAACUUUGUGCACGGCCACGUGUGCGCGGCCAACGUCCUCCUCGACGGUGUCAAAGGCGCCAAGCUCAUGAUGCUCGAUGCCCAAGCGCCGAGCAGCAGCUUCCGCUACAUGGCCCCCGAGCUCGAUACGCACGACGUGCCGUACGGGCAUUGGCAUGACGACGUGAAUGAUGAGGACGAGGACGACGACGAGGACAAGGCGACGACAACGCAUGAUCAGGCCGAGGAAGACAAGCGGCUCAUGCAGCGCAUCAUGGACGGCGACGUGGCGCCCGUGUUUACGCCGGCGUGUCCGUCGUGGGUGCAGUCGCUCGCGACGCGCUGCUUGUCACCCAACCCGCUGGAUCGACCGAGUGCCGUCACGAUCCAGCACGAGCUCGAGACGACGCGGGCGUCGUACUACUAG